CGACGCGUCGUCGCGCCCGCCGCGGUCGACGUCGUCGAGCGGCGUUCGCACGCAUCUGUCGCGGCGCACACCCACAAGCGCAGCGCGAACCGCAUAGCCACCCGCGCAAGCGUCGGAAGUCGCGCGCGCUCGACAAGGCGCCCAGAGCGCGCGCAACAUCCACAGACAGCGCCCGGCGGCCGGCCUGCGCGCGCAUAAAGACACCGAUGGCCGACCAGUCGCUCGCCGCCGUGGACCAGGCGGAGAUGGAGCAGGACCUGGCCAUGCUCGAGUCGGACGCGUUCGUGAGCGACGCGCUGAAGCGCGGCACGACGUUGAUCGAGUACUCGAAAAAAGUGGAGCGCGAGCUGCGCGAGGUCGAGGUCGAGAGCGUGCGGGACUACGUGCAGCAGUCGUCGCAGGUCGCGGACCUGCACGCGCAGAUGCAGCGCUGCGACGGCAUCCUGGCGAAGAUGCAGGAGACGCUGCUCGGCUUCGAGUUCGACCUCGGGUCCGCGUCGCGCGAGCUCCGGUCUCUCCAGAGGGAGUCGAAGCGCAUGUCCGUGAAGCUGCGGAACCGGCGGGCGACGGAGGCGCGGCUCGGCGCGUUCCUCGCCGCCGUCGCGCUGUCGCCGGACGUCGCCGUCGCGGUCUGCGACGGGCCCGUGGACGAGCGGUUCCUGUCGGCGGUGACGGCGCUGGACUCGACGCUGCGCUACGCGCGCGGCGGCGGCGAGAUCAAGGCCGGCGCCGACGCGGGCUGGCGCGCGGCCUGCGUCGGCGCCCGGGCCGUCGGCGACGCGGCGCCGCUGCACGACAAGCUCGAGCAGAAGGCGAGCCUCCGGUGCCGCGACUACCUGCUCGAGAAGAUCGAGGCGCUGCGGACGUCGCAGACGAACAUCCACCUCCUGCAGCGCACGCAGCUGGCCAAGUACUCCUACCUCUACCGCUUCCUCGAGGGCCACGCGCCGGACCACGCGGCGGAGGUGCGGACGACGUACGUCGAGUCGAUGGCGAAGACGCUCCACGCGCUCUUCCGCGCGUACCACGCGGCGCUCGACAAGCACGACCUCGAGGUCGCGAACAAGUUCGACGUCGUCGCCGUCGAGGAGCACGCCAUGCGGAGCCAGUUCACGAGCCGCGUGUCGCUGACGAAGCGCGGCGACGGCUUCAGCCUCGGCGACCGCGCGCGGGUCCUCGACCGGCUCGCCGCGCCGCCGAUCCUCGUGCACGUCGCCAUCGCGGAGAAGGCGUCCUACCCCUUCGAGGAGCUCUUCCGGAGCUCGCUGCGCCACCUGGCCGACGCGGCCGCGUCGGAGCUCCAGUUCGUGUCCGCGUUCCUCUACGGCGGCGGCCGGAGCGACGCCGUGCAGGCGACCGUCGCGGAGAUCUUCGCCAAGGCGCUGUCGGCGACGGUGGAGCACCUCGAGAACAAGCUCUUCGCGUGCCACGACGUCGUGGGCCUGCUGCUCGUGCUGCGGCUCGUGCGGCGCGCGCGCGCGGACGCCGCGAAGCGGCCCGAGACGGCCGUCGCGGCGCUCGACGGCUUCUUCGCGUCCUGCGAGCGCCUGCUGAAGCCGCGGCUCGACGCCAUCCUCACGGCGAACCUGGACAGCGUCGCGAAGGCGGACCCGCGGAACCUCGGGCCGCCGGGCGUGCUGCCGCACUACGUCGCGCGGCGCUACGCGGAGCUCCACGCGUCCGUCGCCGCGCUGCUGCCCGCGCCGCCCGCGGCGCCCGACAACGGCGCCGGCGACGCGGCGGCGAAGGAGGCCCACGCGUUCGCCGCGCGGCUCCGCGCGUCGACGUGCGACCUGCUCGGCCGCCUCGGCGGCCGGCUCCGCGAGCCCAAGGACCGCGUCGUCUUCCUCAUCAACAACUACGACCAGAUCCUGUCCAUCUUCCUCGAGCGCGGCCUCGAGGCGGGCGACAACGUCGCCCACUUCACGGCCGAGCUCGCGCGGCAGCGCGAGCUCUUCGUCGAGGACGCGCUCGCCGAGGGCUUCGCGAAGAUGAUCGGCUUCGUGAAGCAGACCGAGGCGGAGAUGCGCACGCCGGACCGCACGGGCGACCUGAACCUCGACGCGCCCCUCGUCGAGCGCCUCACGCGCGACUUCGCGGCGACGUGGAAGAACGCGAUCCUCCAGGUCAACUCGGACGUGCUCUCCUACUUUGCGAAUUUUGUCAACGGCAUGGAGGUCCUCAAGCAGGUCCUCACGCAGCUCCUCCUCUACUACACGCGCUUCCAGGAGAUCGUCCGCAAGGCCUGGCGCCGGCCGCCGCCCUUCGCGAAGAACCUCGUGCCGACGAACGUGAUCCUCGCGGAGAUCAAGAAGUACUCGCUGAGCUUUGAGUAAUCUCUGGUCUAUAUUCUG